AUGGAAAACCAAACAAACCAGGCAGACUGGGAAACAACCAACGUUCUCAUCUGCGGGUGCGGGCCCACGGGCGCAAUGUUGUCCGGCUAUCUAGGCAAACUCGGGGUUCACAACAUUAUACUCGAGAAAGAAGCCGCUAUCACCACCGAUCCUCGCGGUAUCGCCCUUGAUGAUGAUGGUAUUCGGCUAGUGCAAGGCCUUGGGCUAUACGAGCAUAUUUUCACUGAGAUUGGUUCUUAUAUUGAGAAAACUAAAUUCAUUAGCGGGACACAUCAAAAUCUGCACGCGAAGGCUUUUUUGCAUUUUGAUAUGGCUUCGAGCGAAGGACAAACCGGUCAUGUGGGUGUUCUUGCUCACAAGCAGCCCGUUCUCGAGAAAUAUCUUCGAUCUAUCGUUGAGGAAGGCGAUAGCUGCGAGCUGCGGAGUAGCUGCACGUUAACUUCAAUCUCCGAGGACGAAAACUGGGUAUACGCAACGUAUAAUGAUGCCUCGGGAAGAGAAAAGCGUAUUCGCGCGAAAUUCCUCGCUGCUGCGGAUGGCAAGACUGGAUUCGUGCGCAAGAUGUAUCUAGAGCCGAAGGGGAUUCGACUCGAUAGGGCAGAACAAACCAAAUAUGAAGAGACAUGGGUUGCAUUAAAUUGGAAACUUCAUCUUCCGACAAGAGAGACCCACCCUUCAUUCCCGCUGUGGAAUCUAGGAUACACGCCUGAACAAGUCUAUGACCUCUUCUUCCCGGUCGACUUUCGGUUCCUUUGCAACCCCGCUCGCCCAGCCGUAUGCGGCCGAUUUGGCCUUCCAGAAGAUCGUCUCUGGCGAUUCGAGUUUGUCAUUGCUCCCGAUGAGGAUGGUGUAGAGAUGGCAUCGGAGGUAAAAGUGCGCGAUGUUGUGUACCCAUACUUGACGCAUCCGGGCAGUCUCUAUGGGUUGAAGCAAGAUGUCUCAUACCCAGAAGACUGUAUCGAGGUUCUCCGCUCGCGACCAUUUCGAUUCUCAGCUCGAAGUUGCAACAAGUGGAGUCUCGACCGAGUGAUUCUCUGCGGCGAUGCAGCGCACGUUUUUCCACCAUUCGGCGGACAAGGCAUUACAUCUGGAUUCCGAGAUGCAGUUUCACUAGCCUGGCGACUGGCUAUCGCCUGCAAGCCCGGAUCCAACCUCGACUACGAGCGCCUAUUAACAGGUUGGUAUCUGGAACGAAAGCAGCAGCUCGAUACCUCACUCGCCGCCACGGUUCGAAACGGCGAAAUGGUGAAUGGGAAAAACUGGAGUCACAACUUCCUUCGCGAUUGGGGUCUUUGGUUUAUGCAGUUGGUUCCAAGUUGGAAGCACUGGCUCGAACGUGGGCCCCGAGGAAUCGGACCUACCCAAUACACACACACGCCCGAGAUGCCAUUUCUACCGGAAUUUGGUGGCGGUGUUUGUUUCCCGCAGACUUACUGUAUCAGCCCGAGAGGUGGCGCAGAAGUGCAGUUUACCGACGACGUGAUAUUCUUCGGCAAGAAGGGGAUAUUUCAGAUUGUGGUUUUGCUGGAUAGUCUCGAUGAAAUGGACUCGGCUAUGCGAGAUUUAGAAGGGAUCAAAACGGACGAGUAUCUUAUUCGUCGAGAUGAAGCUACUUUCUUCGUGCCUCGGGUUGCUUGCGAGUCGGCGCCUGCGGGUCGGCUGGAUGCAUUGGUGGCCCGGCCGCUCUUCCGCACGGCGUCAAGCGACGAGUUUUUCCAUUCAACUCUUUGCAAUUCCCGGCCGGAACCGCGGGGAUAUUAUGAGUCGUUGAUUUGGGAUAAUAUGGGCGGAAAACGAUAUGUGAUACUCAGAUUUGAUCGUUUUGUUUUUGCUAGUUGUAGUUCUAGAACCGAGUUGGAGCAGGUCUUGGGACAAUUGAGCAAUUUGUCUUAG